CUCAAUUGAUCAGAAUUUGUAUGGUAAACAUUCAUCAUAUUUUCUUUUCUUUCUCCAAGCAUCCUCAACUUUCCAAUCAUCUAUCUUUUGUACUUAGUUUGUUACAACUUCAUUGAUGUCCUAGCUUCCUUUGUUCACUCAUCCCAUAAGCUUUCGAAAAGGAGUAAUCAAGCAUCAAAACUAAACUUCGCAGAAAAUGGAGGCAGAAGAUAAUCUAGCCAACCUUCGAGUUGCAUCAUUUUCUUACUACCUUAAGCCUGGUGAUCAAGAAAGCUUUGUGCAGAAGAUCAGUACUCGUAAGGAGGAUCCUCUUCCUGCAGUCUUAUCACAGGAAACUUCAAUUCCAAUAACUCCAGGAAGAGCAAUGCCUCCUCUCAUCAGACCGCCUCAAAGUUUCAACUUCUCACACCCUAUCAACAUAAGCCAAGAUAAUACUCUCUCCAAUCACCGUUUUGCUGCUUCAUUUUCUCCUCAUCAUCUCAAUGGUGCACAAGAAAACUUCGUAUUUACUGUCAAGGCGCCUGUUCAUGAUCUGAAUGGAGAAUUAUUUCUGCCCCGAAUAUCUCCAACACAUGUUGAAAGAACAAAUUCAACGGAUAAUGGUGAAAUCGGAGUCUUUGGUGCGGACAAAUACUUCAACACGAGACUGGAUUAUGCUGCCAGGAUGAAGCCUGAAAACAGAAAUGAAGUACCAGUUGAUGUUCCUGUGGUAAAACCAAACUUAAGGCCAGGAACUCCUAGUACAUCUUCUGAAGCAACUAGCUGGAACAGUCAGGCUGCACUUAUACGGAAUCUUUCUCAAAACGUCGCUAGAGCAAGGCCAAGAAAGGCAAUUGCAAGGAGAAUUUUUGGCUCGUUGGGUUGCAGCGGACCUUGUUUGGGUAAAGGAGCCGUGCACAUGGCAGAAAAUCCAGGAGAAGACAUUGGAAUAGCGUCUGAAGAAAAAGUUUCUCAACCAGGAUCAAAAAGAAUAGAUAGUAACCAUUUUGCGUUCCCUAUUCUUAAUCCCGAUGAGGCUCAAAAUGUGACUGUUAAGAAGCAGUUGGAUCAUGAGGAGAAAUUGGAAGAUUAUCCCCGAAGAUCGCUGGAAGUAUUUGGCUAUGAUAGAAUGAAAAAGGGAGACAUAGCAACAAAUUUGGCUAGGAAACUUUCCAUGCUAACAUGGGAUGCUAUUCCUAAAGCCCCAAAUCUUCCAACUACUACAGUUGGAAGUAUAACAAUAGGGGAUGACAUGACUAGUGAUGCUAGCUCGGAUUUAUUCGAAAUUGAGGACAUAUCUGGCGCUGGAUAUCCAAUCUUGACUACGGAAGCAGCUGACAAUAUGUCUGCAGGUUGCGUGUCUCCACCAACACAAUAUGCACCAAGCGAGGCCAGCAUCGAGUGGAGCGUUAUCACGGCUAGUGCUGCAGAUUUUUCAUCUGUCAUUUCAGAUUAUGAUGAAAAGAAUAUUGCCAUUUCAGGUGACAUGAUCCAAUCAAAUACAGUUAACAGAAACUCUAGUAUACAAAGUCCAGCGGGCAAAGAGGCACAAAAAAUCCGCCCUGGCGGACUUUUGGGAUGCAAGAGUCAGAAAGCAGUGAAUGUUGCUGAAACUGUGCACAAGACAAGGGUGGAAAGAUUGUUCCAGAUUCCAUAGUUGAGGGUCAUCCAUGUUUUGGAGCAUAUACAAGGAAACAAAGGCCAUUUGGCAAGACGAAGUUGCCCUACUAUGCAGCCAACAUAUCUAUGUAUUCCUUGCUCAGUAUGUAUCCAUGUCAGAAACCCUGAAGGCCCUACAGAAAACAUAAUCUUGCAUGCUUUUUUAGACACUUCCCGAACCCCCUAUUUAUUGUUAACAACAGAUUCUUGAUGUCUCACAAAUCAAGGAGGUUUCUAGCCCUCCUUUUUUUAAAAAAACAUUUUUUGGUUUUGUUUUCACACGGUUAGAUGCGCCACAUGCAUUGUGGAACUAGCUAGAAUAAAUGAGUUCGAACAGGGAAAGAUGAACUUGGAUU